AUCGAGUCGGAGAGCAAAUCAAGGAUUUUGUUUGUUUGGUCAUUUUCCAAAGUUUCAGAAACCCAAAAUUCAAGUGUGAGGAAGAUGAGAAAAAACAAAAUCGACAGUUUCCAUAAAUUUUUUUUUUAAAAAAGGAGAAAUUGGAAGAGGAAACCAAACAUCCCUGUAAAGUAAUAAUGGUUUCACCUUUAUUUAUUCACUUCCUUAUUGCUGGCUACCAGAGAGGAAACAGUACUCCAUUGCCUUCCUCCCUCUUUCUCUGCUCUGCUCUGCAUAAUAUAACCAACCAAACAACAAAUCUCCCCUCUCUCUCUCCCACUCCCUUCUUCUCCACACUCUCGACGUGAAUUCCCACUCUUCAGUCUUCCCAAUCCUCACAGUGAGAAAGCUCUCUUACCCCCUUUCAUGUCUGUGCCCUUGGAGCAUGAUUACAUAGGCGAUUCUUCAAUGGAGAAAACAGGGGAUGUUAGUAUUAUCACACCGCAACAAAAGAGCACCACCAAACUCGCCUCUUCUCUCAGCAUGAACCUGAAAGCCACAGAGCUGAGGCUCGGGCUACCUGGGUCCGAGUCGCCGGAGCGAGACGACGGCAGCAGCGCUGAACUCUGCAUCGGCUUGCCCAGCAGCAAGUCCUCUGUUUCCAGACCCAAGAGAGGGUUCUCCGUCGCCAUCCACGGCGGCUCCGGCAACUGGGUUUUCUCCCCCGGCGCCGGUGGACCGGAUAACAAUUUCUCCUCUCCCAGAAACAACCCCGCCGCCGCGAAUUCCGACCAGGCUCCCAAAGACGGCGGGCUGCCUCCUCAGUCGUCGCCGGCGACGGAGAAGAAGAAGGCUCAGGCUGCCGGUUCCGGCGCCGGUCCAGCUUCUAAGGCACAAGUGGUGGGAUGGCCGCCAAUUCGUUCGUUUCGAAAGAACACCAUGGCUUCCCAUCCUACUCCGAAGAACAGCGACGUGGUGGAAGGAGGCGACCACAACCCUAACUCAGGGGGAUCGGCAUCGUCGACAUCAGUUUGUUUGUAUGUCAAAGUCAGCAUGGACGGGGCGCCAUAUCUCAGGAAAGUCGACCUCAAGACUUAUGGCGGCUACAAGGACCUCUCUCUUGCUCUCGAGAACAUGUUCAGCUGCUUCACUAUUGGUCAAUGCGGGUCUCAUGGCGUUUCUGGGAGAGAUGGAGUGAGCGAGAGUCGACUGGUGGAUAUUCUGCAUGGUUCUGAGUAUGUACUCACCUAUGAAGAUAAAGAUGGUGACUGGAUGCUUGUUGGUGAUGUCCCUUGGAAGAUGUUCAUCGACUCUUGCAGAAGGCUGAGGAUCAUGAAGAGCUCGGAGGCCAUUGGUCUCGGAACCAAUGAAACUGAGGCAGCCCAGGGUGCUGCUGUUUGUCUCAAUCUGGAUGGAUGGAAGAUGACGCUAGGCGAGGAAGAAAUCACUAGGCUGUGGAGGAUCGGGAAGACUGUAUAUCAAAUGCUAAGGGACCGGGGGUACCUUGUCGUUGAAUCUGAGGACAAAAUAAGUAAACAUCAGUUCAUUUCAAAGCACGGCCAAAACAUGAAAAGGGAAGACCUUACAAUCCAGAAAUCUAAGAAAAAUGAUUCCAUGGAUAAGAUUUAUGUUUUCUUCCCGGAGGAAGCUAAGGUUGGUGUGAAAACAAUGAAGACCUAUAUAAAUCGCAUGAAAACAGAGAAUGUCUUCAGGGCAAUCUUGGUUGUUCAACAAAAUUUGACUCCAUUUGCUAAAACAUGUGUAGCUGAAAUGUCGAGCAAAUUUCAGUUGGAGGUCUUCCUGGAGGCAGAGCUGUUGGUCAAUAUCAAAGAUCAUGUUCUUGUCCCUACACAUGAAGUGCUCACAAAUGAGGAAAAGAAGACCUUGCUAGAAAGAUACACAGUGAAAGAAACGCAGCUGCCUCGGAUCCAGUUGACUGAUCCAAUUGCCAGAUACUACGGGCUGAAGAGAGGUCAAGUGGUGAAGAUUAUCAGGCCAAGCGAGACUGCUGGCCGAUAUGUCACCUACAGAUAUGUUGUAUGA